AUGCAGCUCCUCCGCCUGGCCUGGGCUCUGGCGGCCGCGGCGGUCUGCUUUUUGGUUAUUCUGCUCAUCCACUCACACGUCCUGAAGGAAGGUCAGCUGGCGGCGGGGACCUGUGAGAUCGUCACGCUGGACCGGGACAGCAGCCAGCCGAGGAGGACCAUCGCCCGCCAGACGGCGAGGUGCGCCUGCAGGAGGGGCCAGAUCGCCGGCACCACGAGGGCCCGGCCCGCCUGCGUGGAUGCUGCUGUAGUGAGGAGCAGGCAGUGGUGCGACAUGUCUCCGUGUCUGGAUGAUGAAGGCUGUGAUCUGCUGGUCAACCAGUCGGGCUGGACCUGCACGCAGCCGGGGGGCCGAGUCAAGACCACCACGGUGUCCUGACAGCGGCCGUGUCCCACGCUCCCGACAGCACGAAUGGGUGUGAGUCGCUUCCUGCCGUCCGUCCCCCACCGCCAAGCAGAGCGUCCGCCGCCCAGCCACCGGCCGCCCCCGGAGCCACGGGCCUGAUGUUGCCCCUCGUCCUGCCGUGCUGCACUGCAGUGGCGUUCAGGAACCACAACUUCACCUGGGAAACUUGGAUAUUCAUGGAUUGUACUGGACGCGGUGUGACGGUGUGACAUUUGUGUUUCCGGAGGAUUUUGAAAAGCGUCUCGUGAACGCUGCAGACGCUGCAGACACUGCAAAGAGACGCUUUUUCAUUUGGCACAAAAACUAUGAGAUGUUUUCAUCGACCAAAGACGAACACAUCCAUCCACGCCACGUCUCCAAGGACGAGGAGGAACAACGGAACAUGCGCGUGCUGAACACUGACUGGACACACACACACACACACACACACACACACACACACACACACACAUUGUGAUAUAAGUGACUUAUUGCACAAAGUAAUAUUGUAUACAGGUUAAUAAUGAGAAACACAUGUAUGAGUCAGGUGGACUGCACCUGUGUGCCACGGCUGUUUCCCUGGUCGGCGGCCCUGUCAGCUCUGUUCGGGAUGAAGAAGCAUUAAAUGUAUUUUCAAAAGCCUAAAAUUAUAUAUUUAACAGUUUUGUAUGUUGUAUCUUUGUAGAAAACCUUAUUUAAGUCACUGCUCAUCAUGACGUGCAGUCCCAGCGGUCAAUAAAGCGGAGGAGCCUCCUUCACCCUGAACCA